AUGGUUCAGUCGAGUUUCGAGCGAGCUGAUGGACGCACGUGUGCCGCGGUGGUUGAACAAGAAACUGAAACAGAAGCAGAGACAGAAACUGAAAGCGAAAUCGAAACUCCAGAAAACGAGUAUUCAGAAUUCAGUGUGUAAAAGUGUGAAAAACUGUUUAUAUCCGGCAACCAGAAACUCAAACUGUGAGGAGUUUUGAAUUGGGAAACACCCAAAGUGAUUGAACCAUUAUCGGUGAGAGACCGAAGCGCGUCCUUGUCCACCAAGAUCUUUCUGUGCGUGUAUGGCUAGUGGCCGGCCGGCCGGCCCACAAGUGUAGAUGCCAGGCGGUGUCUUUUUAUGUGCAUCGGAAAACCCUUAAGCUACUUAGAUGGAUGGAUCGGUGUGAGGAGGCGGUGGCGACGACUGGGACGGCGUCGGUGGCGGUAACUGCAACAUCGACGCUUCUUUUCAAACGGGUUUUCGAUACGCCCGAUCCGAUCACUGGGCAGGGGCCAAAUCGAACGCCUGCGUGUGGCGCGGCCUUUUGAUGUUCCCUAUUUGAUCAGCGAAUGAAGCAAGCAAGAGCCUCUGGCUAAACGUUUUCCAGGAAGCCAAAAACAAAGAAACUAAACGAAACCACAAGGAAAACUCAGACACAAACGCACAUCACAGCCACAUUCACAUCGCUUAAAUAAAUAAAACAUCUUUUGCCGUUUGAAGUGCCAAUGUGAAAAUAAUUCCAACGAGAAUCGGUCCAGAAAGGAGAGCUCUCAGCGUCGGCAAAGGAAACAAAAAUGUAGGAGCGAGAAAAAGAAACAAAACCAAGUGGAAAUCAAACGAAAAGUAUUACGAAGUCCAAAAUAAGUUUACGAACAAAAGCAAAAACAAAAGCAAAAUUCAUUCAAUUAUCAAAUACAUAAUCUCAAUUAUAAAACGCAUUUCGGCAUAGGGAAAUCGAAAAUACAAGUAAAAAAUAGAAAUUUAAACAAUUUUUAUACCACAAUUUUAUUACCCAGUUUUCUAUUACACGAACAACAGAAUCGAAUCCGAAUAUUGACUAUAAAGUAAUAAAUAUUUAAUGAGGUAGUAAUCUAGAAUUUAGUAAUUUAUUAACUACACAACAAGAAAGUACUUACGACAUAGCAUUCACGACAUCAAUUCAACAAAAUAUCAAACGACAAACACGCCAAAAAGUAGACUAUAGCAAACGCAUUUAGCAAAUCAACAAUCACCAAUACACACCAAUAAAAAUAGCAAACAAACCAGUGAAAAUGCCAACAACAGCGAAUAUCUUUGUGGUGCUUAUCCUCUGUCGCCUGGGGCUCUGCCAGGUGCGGAGUGAGGAUCAGCUGCUCUUGGGCAAUGGCAACCUGGACAGCAGCUCUAAUCUGGGACAGCACAGCCAGCACCAGCACCAGCAUCAGCACCACCAGAGCAGUGGCAUGAACAUGAACCACAACAGCACAUUGCUGAACACCCUGAUGGGUGGAGGUGGUGCUGCAGGUGGUGGCGGCCAGGGCGUGGGAUCGGGCUCUGGCGGAGGGGCACUGAUCAAUCAGUUGGGUGGACUGGCAGGCCUCGGCAGCAGUACAUCGAGUGCUCCCUCCGUGGCGACAGGUGGCGGAGGCGGUGGAGGUAUUUCUCCCUGGCAUGCAGGAGGAGCGCUGCCAGGAGGAGUGCCAACGCAUGGAGGUGGUGGACACCCACACGGACAUGCCCUGGCUGGACUGGCAAACCUUGGCAUCAUUGUGCCCGGAACCAAAGGAUUGCCCGCCAAUCUGGGAUACGGCGGAACAAUGCUCAAUGCUGGAGUGCCAGGUGGAGUGGGCGGCAUUGGAGGCAUGCUGGGAGGCGCUGGGAUGAUUGGAGUUGCCUCCAGCAACGGCAUGGACAUGCAGAGCCUGUACAACGAACACUUUAUUUCGGAGCACACGGUAAUGGCUGUCUUCACGUCCCAGGGACAAGUGGGUGGACCCUGUCGGUAUAUGCCUGCCACGAGGCGGCAGAAUCAUCAAUGCCGCAAGGAGACGGGUCUGCCGGGCACCCUGAGCGAGGCCCGUCGUUUGGCCACCACCCACUGCGAGGAUCAGUUCCGCUACGAUCGCUGGAACUGCUCGAUUGAGACGCGCGGCAAGCGGAACAUCUUCAAGAAGCUGUACAAGGAGACGGCGUUCGUGCAUGCCCUGACAGCGGCUGCCAUGACGCACUCGAUAGCCAGGGCCUGCGCCGAGGGCAGGAUGACCAAGUGCAGCUGUGGACCGCGCAAGCAGAACCGAGUGGACCAGGACUUUCAGUGGGGCGGCUGCAACGACAAUUUGAAGCAUGGCAAGCGGGUGACGCGCAGCUUCCUCGAUUUGCGUGGCGGCGAUGGAGACGAAGUCAGUGAGAUAUUGCGACAUGACUCUGAGGUUGGCAUUGAAGCCGUCUCCUCGCUGAUGAAGGACAAAUGCAAGUGCCAUGGCGUCUCCGGCUCCUGUUCGAUGAAGACCUGCUGGAAGAAGAUGGCCGAUUUCAAUGCCACGGCCACGCUGCUGCGACAGAAGUACAACCAGGCCAUACGCAAGGCACCCAAUCAGCGGACCAAGCGCCAGAUGCCCUCCAGUCGCAUGAAAAAGACCAAACAGCGACGCAAGAAACCCUCUUAUAUGUAUUCGAAACAGCCACAGCAAUCCCAAUAUACGACACUGUACUAUCUGGAGACCUCGCCCACCUACUGCUCGGUCACCAAGGAUCGCCAGUGCCUGCAUCCCGAGAACUGUUCGAAUCUGUGCUGCGGCAGGGGCUACACCACGCAGGUCUUCAAGCAGGUGGAAAAGUGUCGCUGCCGCUUCAACAACGGACGCUGCUGCCAGCUGAUUUGCGACUAUUGCCAGCGAUACGAGGAUAAAUACUUUUGUAAAUAGGCAACUCCUCUGACUCCUCCUCUUACUCUGUCCGUCUCUUUUGCUAUCCUCCUCCUGCCUCUCUUUCUCUCCUCGCUGUCUCUUCCCCUUUGUGCUUUUUGAAAAUGUAAUUUGUAAAGUUGAUUUCCAUCAAUGCUUGUAAUUUUUUUCCAUUCCUAACUAAGCAAAACACAACAAAAAUAUUCACGAAAUGAUAAGCAAAAUGAACGAAAAUGAUAUGUAAAACGCGUGUUAAAGCGCACCAAAAAGUAGGCUCCACACCACACCACACCACACACACACACACACACACACACACACACAUACCCAUGCAAAU